AUUAAGACAUUUUUAUUACAGAAUAUAUUGAAACUAUAAUGGGAUUGGAAGAAAGUGUUCAGCAUGUUGUAAUGAAUGCUAUUCAGGAGUUAAUGACUAAAGAAAUUCCUAGUACUUACUCAGCUGAAUCUAUUGCUGAUCUCAAUGAACAUUUAAAACGAGUAUUAGAAGAGUUACAGAUAGCCACAGAAGCUAAACAGCAAAUUACUCAGAGAUGUCAUGAGUUAGACAUGCAGGUUGCUAUAUUGCAAGAAGAAAAGGCUAGUUUACUUGCAGAAAAUGACAAAUUAUUAGAAAGAUUAAACCAUAUUGAAAGUUUAGAAGACCCAAGCACUUUAACAGGAAAAAGAUUUCAACAGAUGCAACAUAAAUUAGAAGUGAUGCAAGAUGAAUUAUAUAAGUUAGAAACAGGUAUGUAAACUGAAUGUAUAUUGAAGAUACAAAACAUGAUUUAUA